GCUCAUUCAAGAAAGAUUCAGUCCUCAAACAUUAGCUUCCCUCCUCAGAUCCGGUAACCAAUAUCUCCUGUUUCUUUAGAGGAAAAGAAAAGAAAAAUGGUUGACAACAUUCAUGAGAACAAGGUCCUAAUAAGGGAAUUCAAUGAAGAAACAGACAUUGAAGCAGUGGAGAAGCUUGAGAAGAACUGUGAGAUAGGGUAUAAAAAGGGGAUCUCCAUAUUUACUAGCAUGAUGGGUGACCCUUUAUGUAGAAUUAGGCUCUACCCUGUUCAUGUUAUGCUGGUUGCUCAGCUGCUCGAAAAUGGGGAGCUUGUCGGUGCAGUUCGAGGAUGUAUCAAGCGUGUGGGGACUGGUUUUGGGGGAACAGAUGUGACGAUGGGAUGCAUCCUGGGCCUUCGAGUCUCUCCUAGGCACAGGAGGAUGGGCAUUGGAUUAGGGCUUGUUAAAUCAGCAGAGGAAUGGAUAGAGAGAAAUGGAGCACAGUAUGCUUUCCUAGCAACCGAGGAGAACAAUGUGGCCUCCACCAAUCUCUUCACUCUCAAAUGCAACUAUGUAAAGUUUAGCUCAUUAGUCAUAUAUGUUCAACCAGUUAAUGAUCACCUUGCUGAGGAAGUAGAUAUUCCCAGAGACAUAAAAAUCGAGAAGUUGCAUAUCGAGCAGGCCAUUUUCCUCUACAAGAACAGCUUGAAACAAAGAGAGAUAUACCCAACAGAUAUUGAGGCCAUCUUGAAGGAGAAGCUGAGUAUGGGCACCUGGGUGUGUUUCUUCAGAGAGGAAGGAUGGGUAGGUUUGCAGAAGAAAGAAGAAAAAGAAGGGGAAAUCAUGGGUACAGCUCCAAGCUCUUGGGCAAUCUUCAGCAUAUGGAAUACCUCUGAGGCAUACAAGCUUCAAAUAAGGAGGUCAAAUCUAUUGAAAAUAUUCCAUGCAAGUGUGAGCCAUGCAAUGGAGAGAAUCCUGCCAUGCCUGAAACUGCCAUUCAUGAGUAUGAGUACUGAGUCCCAUAAAAAACCCUUUGGGUUUCUGUUCCUGUAUGGGAUUCAUGGAGAAGGAGAGAGGGUUGGGGAGCUGAUGAAAGGAGUAUGGAGGUUUGCGUCAAGAAUGGCUGAGAAUGUGAAGGACUGCAGUGUGAUGAUGACUGAGCUAGGAGGGUCUGAUCCUCUCAGAGCCCAUGUUCCUCAGGGCUCCUCCAUGUCAUGCAUCAAUGAUCUCUGGUACUUAAAGAGGCUGAACGCCCCCGUGAGUGAUGAGGAUGAAUUGACAGCGAUGAGACCUGUGGGGAAUGUGUUUGUUGAUCCAAGAGAUUUUUAGGGUCCAUACUUCAUCAAAAGCCCUAAUGCUAUAAUAAUAAUAAGCAUAUAUAUAAUCUAUAUAAAUGCAUGUAUGCUAUUGAUUAUAUAACCACAUAUCCACAUUAUUAUUGCUUGUAUUUUUCGUGAUCUUAUGAUCCUUUAGCUUUAUAUCUUCCUACUCAAAAUGAACAUCAUGCUCUCAAUCCUGGUGCCA